GGUCGCGAGUGUGAGUGUGUUGAUGAGACUGCCGCGUCGUGCUGUGUGUGCUAAUACGGUGCCGUCUCCGUGCCAUUAUUUUGUAUUGUUUUUUUCUUACAAAAGUUUGAAUUCGCUCUUUAUUGCAACAUAUACAUCGGUGGUAUUAGUGAAGUUCGAGAUUUCGUCCAUUAAGGUGUGUGAUCGUCCUAUAUUGCAACACACACCUUGGACAUUUAAUCGACAACGAGUUCCGAGCAGCGAUAUCCACCAUUUCGCGGCAUAUACCAUCAACGUUUCGUGUCGUGUUAUCAUAAGGCUGUGACCGUAAAUUGCAUCACACGCCCUUACGAGUGUUAAAUAUUGGCCGCCGAGUUUCGUCCAGAAUUGGAAUCAAAGGAGGUUGAGGAACAUUGUCUAUCCGGGAGCGAACUCAACUAUAGUAGGUAGUCCAUCCCACAUAUCAGGUGGAUCCAGGUUAUUAUGGAUUUUCUCUUUGAUCCUGAUGUUAAAUCACUUUACACUCUAUCAUUAAAUCAAUUAUGCAUUACAAUGGACGAAACUACACUACGAUCACUUUUAGAACAGUUACAACCAUCACUUUGUUUAGAAAUCUUAUGGAAGACUCUAUGUGUGGAUGAUUUUAGAUCGAAGAUAAAGGUUGAUAAAGUUUCAUCGGGUCAUGAAAUGGCUUUGAUUAUGUCAAACCCGACCCCUUUUUUGUCAUACAGUCAAUUAACAAUUGACAAAAUUGAACACCAUGGCGCCUCACAACAAACUGAAUUUAUUGAUAAUGUCAAUUUUUCUAGUUUUUUUAAUCAAGAGUUAUUUUUUAAGUUGGUGGAAGUCACCAACUUACGAGAUCAACUAUUUACUUUAUUUCAGAUUUGUGUACAAAUUAAGGGUUUUAAUUUCCCAUUAAAUUUUGCUCAAGAUUGGAUAGCAUCAGAAAUACUAGAUAUAAAUGAAAAGGUAGAAAGAGGUCUUAAAUUAGGAGUUUUUCUCGGUGAUUCUGGCUGGCUUAAUGAAAGUGCACUAGUCUUAUCACACACAUACAAAAUAAUUACCACAAAAUGGAUGUGUCACGACCAAAAAUUACAACUUCUCAAAACCCUUCAAUGCCUGACAAAGUGGUUAAUAGUUUUAUCAUAUUACCAUAAUUUCAAAGAUGCUAAAAUAGUUUUAAGACAUAUGCUUCACACUAUUCACAUAAUUAAACAAAUUGAAGAAAAAACACUGUGCAUAGCGUAUGCAUGUGUAGCUGUGUCCGAAUACUAUUUUAAAUUACAGCAAUUUGAUGAGGCUUGGUCUUGGGGAGCUAAAGCUAUCCUUGAACUUCACAAGAACAGUGGACACUUGAAAGUUAUUGUCCUAAGUCAUGGCGUUAAAGUUUGUACUGUAUUGAACAAACUUAACAUAGCACGUAUGUUGAAGACUCAAAUGAAUGCAUUCAAAGAAGAAAUUAGUGAUUACACUCUUUAUCAUGUGUUAUUGAAUGAAUCACACUAUUUUUAUACUAUAUAUCAACAACAACAUAUAUUACCAUGGUUAUUUCGUAACCACUAUAUUUUAUUAGACUAUUCACGCAAUUUAUUUGGUUAUUAUAAUUUACACACUGCAAUGAUUAUGGUUGAGUAUGUAACUCUUCGCCAUGCAGUUCGAAAUGGUUUUCUAUUAAAAUUUAUUAUUGAUGAUACUAUGCGGUGUUUACUACAAGCCAUAAAUAUCAUGCACAAAAUUGGCUUACCGGAUGACAAUAUGUUGUUAGUGAAAGCCUAUCAGAUGAAAACAUUAGUGGUCCAAGAUCUAGUGGUGGGUUUAGAGAAUGAAUAUCCAUAUAGUAUUGGUUUAAAUGAUUUUACUGAAAGAAUUGAAAGACAAAAUAUAAAACGGGAAUCGCGGGAAAUGUUAAGAAAAGCUGAGAUAUUUCACUUAAAUUUCUUAGAGAAAAAUUUAAAAUCAGCUAUAAGGAACACCCUGGUUACAGCACAUUUACAUACUUAUCUAGGACGUUUUUAUAUUUUUCAGAAAAAUUAUUCGCGAUCUAAAGAAUUGCUUUUUAGAGCGCUUGAAAUCAAAAAAUUAUUAUUAGGUGAAAACCACAUAUCAUUUGCCCAAACUUUAAGUGUGUUAGCUCGUUUGCACGUAACAUCAAACAAAUUUCAAGAAGCUGAAGUACUUUAUUUGCAAGUGAUAAAAAUAUAUCAAAAUUCCCUCGAUGGCCCUCACCUAGAACUUCAGUUAACUAUAUUAGAAUUGAUGGAAAUUUAUAAAAAUUUAAAUAAUACAGAAAAGUGGAAUCGUUAUUCUAAUUAUUUUACGUGGUUAAAUAAAACAUAUAAUGAGUGGUUAUUAGAGUUGCAAUCUAUAGGAAUAGAUAAUAACUGUAAAAAAGAAGAUUUUAGUUUGGAAAAGUUUAAAUGCAUAUUAAAUAAAUGCAAUUGUAACUAAAAGUUAAUUUAAAUGAAAGAAUAAUUUGAAAAGUUUA